AUGUCUACCAGUACGACCACCGCUCUCUGGCCCCGCCCGUAUCCUCCUGCCCGCCGGUCCGACCACGUCGACGUGUACGACAGCGCGAAGGACGGCAAGCACGACGGCCCGGAGACGGAGGCGUGGACGACGGUGCAGGAGCGGUUUACGCGCGAGUUCCUGGACGCCAUACCAGAGAGGAAGAUCUUGGAGGACAAGAUCAGGGAGAACAUCAACUACGCAAAGUUCAGCUCGCCCUCGUUGAAGAACGAUGGGCGCUGGUAUUGGUACUAUAAUAGCGGGCUGCAGGCUCAGUACACCCUCUACCGCUCUCGCGACUCAACCCUCCCCGACUUCACGAAAAACCCGGAAGCCGAUGCCGAGGUUUUCUUCGAUGCCAACCUUCUUGCCGAGGACGGGACGGCGUCCCUCGGAUCGACCAGUUUCGCGCCUUCCGGCGAACACUGGGCGUACUCCGUGUCGCGAUCGGGUAGCGACAGCGUGACUAUAUACGUCCGCCCGACCUCGUCCCCGUAUACCUCUGGGUCGCACGACGAUGGCCGUCUAGCGGACGAGCUGAAGUACAUCAAGUUCUCGUCGAUCACCUGGGACCUCAAAUCCGAGGGGUUCUUCUACCAGAGGUUUCCCCAGCGCGACACGCUGGAGCUCGCGCGAGUGGACAAGAUCGGCGCGGAGAGCGAGAAGGAUGAAUACGCGAUGUUGUACUACCAUCGCCUCGGCACGUCCCAAUCCGAUGACCUACUCAUCUUGAAAGAUGACAAGAACCCCCAGUACCGGUGGAGUGCGCACAUAGCCGAAAUCGACCGACGGUACCUCGUCGUUGCCGUUAGCGCGGAUACCUCUCAGAAAAAUCUCCUGUGGAUCUGUGACCUGGCGAACAACGAGAUCGGUCCCGACAUGAAGUGGCACAAGGUCGUGGACAAGUUCCACGCGCUGUACACCGUUAUCGCCAUCGAGGGGACGAAGCUUUACACACACACGAACAAGGAUGCCGACCAGUUCAAGCUCAUCACUAUCGACCUUGCCGACGAGAGCUGGACUGAGACUGACCUUAUCCCCGAAGACAAAGGUGCCUGUCUGGAGCAAGUCGUAGCGGUGUCCAAGGACAGGCUAGCCGUUGUGUACAAACGAGACGUCAAAGACGAGGUGUACGUAUACGAGCUCUCGUCGGGGAAGCAGCUCGCCCGCGUCGCGUCGGAUUUCGUCGGUACGAUGUCGAUCAGCGGCGACCGGCGCCACCCCUGGUUCUUCGUCAACAUGACGGGCUUCACCACGCCCGCCAUCAUCGGGCAGUACGACUUUACGGUGGAGGAAAAGGAGGGGCGGUGGGCGGUACGGAGACAGGCCGACGUGCGCGGGCUGCGGCCGGAAGACUUCGUGGCGGAGCAGCGGUGGUACGCGAGCAAGGACGGGACGAAGGUGCCGAUGUUCAUCGUGCGCCAUAAGGCGACCAAGGUGGACGGAACGGCGCCUGCGAUACAGUACGGUUAUGGCGGAUUCGGUAUCUCGGUCAACCCGUUCUGGAGCCCUGCGCUCCUCACCGUCAUCGAGAGGUACGGCGGUGUGCUCGCGGUGGCUAAUAUCCGUGGGGGAGGGGAGUUCGGCGAGGCCUGGCAUCUGGCUGGGACGAAGGAACGCAAGCACAACUGUUUCGACGACUUCAUAGCUGCAACGGAAUUCUUGGUAGAGAAUAAAUAUGCGGCUCCCGGAAAGGUCGCUAUAAAUGGAGGUUCCAACGGAGGUUUACUCGUUGCUGCUUCAGCGUUCCGAGCUCCUGAAGGAACAUUCGGCGCCGUCGUGUCCGAAGUAGGCGUGCACGACAUGCUCAAGUUUUCGCAAUUCACCAUAGGCCAUGCGUGGAGGUCGGAUUAUGGCGAUCCGCAAAAACCGGAGGAUUUCGACUUCAUCAAGCCCAUAUCGCCACUACACAAUGUCUCGACGGAUAAAACCCUGCCGCCUACGAUAUUGCUGACCGCUGAUCACGAUGACCGUGUCGUCCCACUGCAUAGCUUCAAACUCGCGGCAACCCUGCAGCACCUGCACCCGCAAAGCAAACAUCCUCUCCUCAUACGGAUACAGAAGAAGGCGGGGCAUGGCGCGGGCAAGUCCACAGAACAAGCCAUCAAAGAAGCUGCCGAUAAAUGGGGCUUCGUGGUACAGACGAUGGGCUUGGUACCGAAGUCAGAGCCGGCGGCGCAUUAUUGA